GCUUCCGGGGCGGGACCGGGCGCACUGCGCAGGCGUUGGGGGUGCGGUCGCCAUGUCUCAGCGCGCGCGCGUGCUGCGCUGCUGCUCGUGUCGCCUCUUCCAGGCGCAGCAGGUGACGAAGAGCCGGAAGUGGACGUGCAGAGCCUGCGGGGAGAAGCAGUCGUUCCUGAGGGCCUACGGUGAGGGCUCCGGAGCUGACUGCAGGCGCCACGUGCAGAAGCUGAACCUGCUGCAGGGGCAGCUUUCCGAGGAGUCCCUCAGGACUCUGGAAGGCGGGGCCCCGGAUGGGGCGGCCAGCGGUCAGCCUUCGCGGUUGCAGCCCCAGGCCUCGCAGAGCCGCUGGCAGAAGUACCUGGAAGGAGACUCUGAAGGACAAACGUGGGCAGGGGGCAUGUGCCAGGAACCGGGGGCCGCCUGCCCCGAGUUUUCACGCAAGAGGGAAAGGAGCCCCAGCACCGAGUGGCCCCGCCCUCCUGGGGAGCUGCCCGCUCCAAGGACCCCGCCCACACACGGCCCUGCGGCUGAGCCCCGGCUUCCCCCCCGGCCCACGCCCAGCCCUCCCUGCACGGAGACCCCCGCGGGCCUCUGGCCGGAGAGGCUGGCCGGCCUCUUUCAGACAGGGGAGGACUUCGACGAGGACCUGCUCUGACCCCAGGACUGCAGCCGCCCCCCACCCCCGGACCCAGCUUCCUGACACCCAAACGCCACCAGGACUCCUUCCAGGCCCAAAGCACAACCAGAACAGUCGAGCUUGUCUUGUCUGGUACUAACCCACUGAACAUGCUACAAGAGAGGAGGUCUGCCUUGAGGAAGCGGAAGGUGGUUCUGCUUGCAGGGGCCACUGAGGCCUUUAGGGUAUCCCUGACACGGUGCUGAAGGCUGAAUGCGAGUUUUCGUGUACAUGUCUGAGUGUGUGUAUGUGUGCACAUAUACUUCCCCCUACGAUUGGUGCCUACUGUCGGACCCCUGUCAGAGGCGGUGCUCCCGGAGGACGGGGAGGGAGUGUCUCACGCUGCCAGGGCAGGGAGGGCUCUCAUGUGCCCCCUCUGGGGCAGGGCCCAGCUUUCAAGACCCUGGCGCCUAGCCCUGCUGGCUGAAGUGC